CUAGCGAGUCUAGCACGCGCAGUGAUCCUAAGGUGUGCGAUUAUUCGCGAGUGAACUGAUAAUUAUCCACUGUGUUCGAGGUGAUUACUAAUUGAGGGAUAAAAUAUCUUAUGAUAAGGUAGUCCACACCCUUUAAGAAGAAGCAGAAUCAUGUUUUUCUCGGCGAGGUUACAGUUGCUGACAUGCCUGGUGUUGUACGCAUCUUGCGCACAAGCAAUCAUGGUGAAGUUUGGCACGAAAGGAGGGCCCAUUGAGCCACCGCCGCCGGAGUUGCCGCAGCCAGCGCCGCAACCCAACCGGACACCGGCGCCAGUUUGGGAAGAACGACCCAGUGACACUCCUGACCCUAAUGCUCAGUGGCGACCCCAACUUUUCAUACCUCAGCCGCGGUACACCCAAAUUGUGUACAACCCACAACAACCAAACCCAGGACCAAUCAACAAUGCCCAAAGUUUCGUCAACUCUUACAUACCAAAACAUGAGCCUAUCCAAGCUAAAUCAAUCACCAACUACUUUACUCCAUCGCAAAUCCUCAGCUCUCAGGCUCUACCUGGUUACGGCCUUAGAUACUUUAUACCAACGUAUUUGAGUAACUUGCUACCAAGAAAAGAACAGUUGCAACCAGAAGACGCCAAGAUAAAUCAGAUCGAAACAAAUGACGUUCAAUCAGAUGUCAAGGACUCUACCCACGACCUACAAUGGAAGUAUGAGAAGGACGCUACAAAAAGGAAUAUUAGACAUAUAUCACAGCCGACGCCUUACCCGUACAAGUGGCCACAGUACGUCGCUCGACAACAGUAACGAGGAUGGAGUCCUUCAUCGCAGUUCAUUGAAACACCUUGUGAACUUGUAAUUUAAAGUACUGUGAUGUCGUUAAUGUACAGAUACUCGUUCUCUUUGUUUUGUUUUGGUAGUACAUACUGAUAUAUUUUUGCUGGCGC